AGCUUUUUUUCCAUGUUCUGUUAUAUGUCUUUAUCAUACUUUAUGUUUCGGAACCUAAAAGAUUGGAGAUUGGAUAUAAUUUUCAGUUGCAAGGGUAAUACAAUAGAUUGCAAAGAGAUGAAGUGGUAAUUCCACAGUGCAAGCAUCCUAUAUAAUCGUGGUAAUUCCACAUUGCUAAUAAGAGGGUAUUGAGUUACAAUUGGAGGGUAAUAAGGUAGCUUUUAGGGAUGAAAAAUGCUCAUAAUAUUGCCUUUAUUUUUGCAUUUGUUGCUGCACUAGUUUUAUCUGCUAAAGGCAGUCUUGACAUACAUGCUUAUUAAUAAUGUCAUGUGAUGGAAUAAGUUGUAAUAAGUAAUUAGUGUUAACUAUCAACUAAAUGCAUAUGGAAGAGAGCUUGCUAUGUUUAUUCAUUAGCAUUAUGUGUUUUUAUUUUUUGUUUUUGUUACUAGGGAUGGAUUCGGGUAUUCCAAGAGGCACAUCAUUCACUGAUCUUAUAGAAGAUAGCUUUAAUGAUUAUAUGUCUGGAUCUUCACAUAUUAGUGAUGAAGACAGUGUUCCACAAGCCCAAACAUUCAGCCAAAUGUCUCCACCCCAAGUUGAAUCCACAACCAAGAAAUCACAACGUGGCAUCAACUUCUCUAUAGAAGAAGACAUCCUUCUUGUGUCUGCCUUUCUUAAUGUCAACCAAGAUGUAGUGAAAAGUAAUAACCAAAAACGCGAAACAUAUUGGACGAGAAUUUGGGAGUACUACCACAAGUGGAAGACCUUCACUUCUGAGCGUACGGUAGGUUCUCUUAUGAACCGAUGGUCAACGAUUCAACUUUCCACCAAUAAGUUUUGUGGGUUUUUGUCACAAAUUGAAUCGAAGAAUGAAAGUGGUAAGACUAAAGAAGACAAGCUUGUUGCAGCAAGAAACCUUUAUAAUGCAAUCUAGGGCACCAAAUUUCAGUAUGAGCAUUGUUGGAAUUUGUUAAAGCACUCACCAAAAUG